AUGGAGCAGCUCUUCGUUUCCGUGGGGUUGCUUGUGUGCUUGGUCUGCCUGGUGAGGUGCAUGAAGUUCUCCCACUACCUUUUCCUGAGCUACUGCAAGGCUUUCCCAAGCUCUUUCCUGCAGUCCAUGGGACAAUGGGCAGUGAUCACUGGAGCAGGCGAUGGCAUCGGGAAAGCCUAUUCAUUUGAGCUGGCCAAACAUGGGCUUAACAUUGUACUCAUCAGCCGGACACUGGAGAAGCUCCAGGCUGUUGCAGAGGAGAUUGAGUGGACGACUGGAAGCCGUGUGAAGAUUGUACAAGCAGAUUUUACCAGAGAAGACAUCUAUGACCAUAUUAAGGAAAAACUGAAGGGCUUAGAAAUUGGAAUUUUAGUCAACAAUGUUGGAAUGCUCCCCAGCCUGUUCCCAAGCCAUUUCCUGAACACACCCGGUGAGAUCCAGAGUCUCAUCCACUGCAACACUACCUCCGUAGUCAAGAUGACACAACUUGUUCUCAAACACAUGGAAUCAAGGCGGAAGGGUCUCAUCUUGAACAUUUCUUCUGGGGUGGCCCUAUGUCCCUGGCCCCUGUACACCCUGUACUCGGCUUCCAAGGCUUUUGUGUGCACAUUUUCCAAGGCCCUGCAUAUGGAAUACAGAGAUAAAGGGAUCAUUAUUCAGGUGCUGACCCCUUAUGCUGUUUCAACCCCAAUGACCAAGUACCUAAAUACCAACCUGGUAACCAAGACCGCUGAUGAGUUUGUUAAGGAGUCCUUGAAAUACGUCACGAUUGGAGCUGAAACCUGUGGCUGCCUUGCUCAUGAGAUCUUGGCAAUAAUUCUGAACCUGAUCCCUUCCAGAGUCUUCUAUAGCAGCACCUUCCAAAGAUUCCUCCUGACACAAUACUCAGAUUACCUGAAGCACAACAUCAGCAACAGAUAG